AUGGACAACAACAACAAUAACACAAUUAGUAACAAUGAAACUGCUAAUAGUUCAGAACUGUCAUCCACUCUUACACAACAAAUAAAUGGAAACGUGACCAUGAAAGAUAUCUCGUCUAUAAAUACGAAUAAUAAUAAUAAUAAUAAUUAUGAUCUUCCCUUAAAUAAUAUAAUACAAAAACCCACUACCACAACUACCACUAAACCUAUCCUCAUCAAGGAAAAUGCACCUACUAUUGUUACCACUACUCCAAUUACAACAAUACCGUCGGUAACAACAACAGCAACAAAUGUUACUAUACCUAACAAUACUAGUACGAAUCUACAAAACAUUAGCAAUGAUGGAGAUAAUAAUGUUAAUAAUGACAAAGAUCCAUCGUCGUCAAUAAUACUCCCGCAACAACAUAACAUAUUGAAAUCUGUUGAAUCACAACAACACUUGCUGAAUAAUAGUAAGAAAUCCUUAACUUUCUCAGUGAACAAUAAUGACGCAAACAUUAAAAGAUCCAGUAUAUAUAAAUCAAAUGUAAAUCCAAUACCAAUAAGACAUAAGAGUAAUACAAGAUUAGAUAAUUCAGAUUUACUCUCUACUAAAAGUAGAUCAUCAUCAAUGACAACUUCACUUUCAAAAAGUUUCUUAUUUGGAUUUUAUCAUAAUAAUAAAAGAAAGAAAAAAUUAAUAAAUCAAGAAAAUAAAAAAAAUGGGAUAAUUUCAAAACAAUAUUGGAUGAAAGAUGAAUCUGUUAAUGAUUGUUAUGAUUGUGGGAAACCAUUUUCUACUUUUAGAAGAAAACAUCAUUGUAGAAUUUGUGGUCAAAUUUUUUGUCAUUAUUGUACUUUACUCAUUGAUGGGAAAAGAUUUGGUUUCAACGAUUUAAAUACUUUAAGAGUUUGUGAUCAUUGUUUUCAAAACAUUGAUAAUUUUAUUGAUUCAAGUGAUGAUGAAGAAGAUGAUGAUGAUGAAGUGGAAGAAGAUGGGGAACAGGAGGAGGAAUAUGAACAAUCACAAGAGAACCUCAGUGAAAAUAAUCAUCGAUCAUUCAAUCCUGCGAAAUAUUAUAGUAAUGGUAAUAAAAGUGAGGAUGCAGUAUCACUUCUCCAGAACUCACAACAUGGUGACCAUAAUAAUAAUAAUAAUAAAGCAGAGGUAUUGUUAUUCAAUGAUAAUGAUGUUCAAAGUAUAAUUACUUCAGGAGAAGAUUCAAAAUUAUUUAUAACAACCCCACCACCUCCUCCCAAGAUGGCUAUUCCUGCAACUAGACAUGGUGAAUCUUUAGAAAUCUCCCCUCAUUUACCAAUGAUAGAUUCAAAUCAUAACCAAAGAGCUGGUUAUUUGUCUCCACCCCAUAUCUAUCACAGGAAAUCAAGUAACCAUUCCUUAAGAAGAACUUCGUUUUCGCAAUAUAAUAAAAAUAGAAAUAAUAAUAUAUUCAAUGAUUUUAAAAAUAAUAGUAGUAGUAAUAAUCUUAAAGAAAGAUUAUUAAACAGGAAAAACAAAACCAUAAGUUUCACAGACACAUUAAAUCAUAAACUAGCCAAUAGAAAUUUCAAAUUUAACUUCCAUUAUCAUCCACAAAACAAUAAUAAUAAUAAUAAUAAUAAUGAUAAUGUCAAUAAUAGUAACAAAAAUACCGCUGCGCAAGCAAAUAAUAAUACAAACGAUAAUAAAUAUCACCAUCCUCGCCGUCACUCAGUUAUUUCCAAUAGAGGUAAUAACAAUCCACUAUCAUCUAAUUUUCCAUCUGGUAUUUUUACAUCUCCAACUAAUAAUAAUAACAGUAACAGACACAUCUCAGAACAAUAUGGACAAAUAGAUAACGAUUCUUCAGAAGAUGAAGAUUCUAUGUCUAUCUAUUCAUCUUUAAAUGAUAUCCCACAUUCUGAUAAUCCAAUAAGAUCAAUAAGAAAUUCAAAUAAAUCAUUACAACGUGCUCAAGCAUCAUUGCAAAGAAUUCAAAAUAGAAGGAAAAGUAGAUCACGGACACAUGUUAGUAAAAGUUCCGAUUCAUUAACUAGAAUAAGAAAUUUGCUAUCUCAUAGCACAUCUAGCUUAUAUUCGCCUGAAAAGGGUACACAACCAACGUCACGCUCUCAACUAGCACAACUAGCGUUGGAAGCAAAUCAUAGUGAUGGAUCAACUGUAUCUACUUCAUUCCCAACACCAUCGGGAUCAGAAACCAUUAUGACUAACUUAACAAGUAAUCAAAGGGGAAAGAUAAAAAAAGAUUUUAACAUUAAUAAUGAAAGUGGUAGUAAUAGUAAUAGUAAUGUUAAUAUUAGCUCAUCUGCAUGGAGGAGAAUAUCUGGCAUAUCAGGAAUGAAAAAUUACAAAGAAAAUAAAACAGAAUUGAAUGAAGUGUCGACAUUACAUUUGGAAGCUUUAUUAGAGCAAGUAUUAAGUGAUCAGAAUAUUGAUGAUCCUCAACCUUGGUUACGAUUAUUAAGAAAUUUCAUGAAGAAAAUUCAAUAUAUUAAAUUAGAUGCAAGAGAUACUCCGAACUCAUUAGAUUAUAGACAAACAUAUGUUAAGAUUAAAAGGAUUAGUGGUGGUAAAAUUGAGGCAUCUGAUUUUAUCAAUGGGAUUGUGUUUUCAAAAUCUUUACCUUGUAAGAGUAUGCCAAGAUAUUUGAAUAACCCAAGAAUCCUACUAAUUAUGUUUCCCAUAGAAUAUCAAAAAAACAAAACCCAUUUCCUUUCAUUACAAUCUGUCAUGGCUCAAGAAAACGAAUAUUUAGCCAAGUUAGUAACAAGAUUAACGGCAUUAAACCCUGAUAUUAUAUUUGUUGGUGCAGAAGUUAGUAGAUACGCAUUGAAAUUGCUAGAUGAAGCUGGUAUUAUUGUCCAAUUUAAUAUGAAACCUCAAAUAAUUGAACGUAUUGCUAAAUUAACAGAGGCUGAUAUUGCAACUUCAUUAGAUAAAUUAUCAUCAAAUUUUAAACUAGGUAAAUGUGGUUCCUUUGAAGUGAAAACAUAUAUUUAUCAGGAAAAUAUAAGUAAAACAUAUACUUUUCUGACUGGUUGUGAUCCGUCCUUAGGUGGAACUAUUUUACUAAGGGGCGAUACUCAAGAAAUUUUGAGAAAAAUUAAGCAAGUUUCUGAAUUUAUGGUAUAUUCUGUAUUUUCUUUGAAAUUAGAAAGUUCCUUUUUCAACGAUAAUUUUAUCCAGUUAUCUUCUCAAUUUUAUCAAGAAAAUAGAAUACAUAAACAAAAUGAUCCCGUAGAGGGAUAUUUUGCUGACUUCUUGGUUAAAUUUAAUAAAAGAAUAUUAACCGUAUCGCCAACGGUACAAUUCCCUAUUCCUUUCCUUCUGCUACGAGCAAGAGAAUUAGAGGAACAGUUACAUAAGAAGAUGAACGAAAGUUUGGAUCUGGAUACAGUUGGAGAUAUUACUCGUACUGAUUCAUUAUUAGGUAUUGAGUCAACACUAACUAUGAAAGAUUUGAAAUACGUCACUAAAUUUAUUAAAGAAAGCGAAAUUGAAGACCUAAAGUCACAAUUCGAGAAAAGAAGUAGGCAAUGGGAACUCUCUUAUUCUCUGUCGCAUAAUCUUUUGGGUACAGGAUCUCAUCAAUGUAUUACAGUUUUAUAUUCAAUGGUUUCCACAAGGACAGCUACUCCAUGUAUUGGACCUCAGAUUGUUACAAUUGAUUAUUUUUGGGAUAGUGAUAUAUCCCUAGGUCAGUUUAUUGAGAAUGUAGUGUCUACUGCAUGGUAUCCAUGCCUUCAAGGUUGUAAGGGCCUACUAAUGGAUCAUUAUAGGAGUUACGUUCAUGGGUCAGGGAAAGUGGACGUCCUAAUUGAAAAAUUUCAAACAAAGCUACCAAAGUUGAAAGAUAUUAUAUUGAGUUGGAGUUAUUGUAAAAAAUGUGGAACUUCGACACCGAUUUUGCAACUAAGUCAAAAGACAUCAAAUCAUUCAUUGGGGAAGUAUCUUGAAGUGAUGUUUUGGUCUAAUAAGGAUAGUGUAGAAGGUAUUGGAGCAUGUAUGCAUGAUUUUACAAAGGAUCAUGUUAAAUACUUUGGAUAUAAUGAUUUAGUAGUUCGAAUGGAAUAUUCUGACCUAGAAGUUCAUGAAUUGAUCACGCCACCGCGGAAGUUGAAAUGGAUGCCACACAAAGAUAUUAAACUUAAGAUUGAGUUAUAUUAUCAAAUAUUGGAUAAAAUCAAUGGUUUCUAUGAUAGUGUUUUAAACAGACUAGAUCGCGUUAAACUAGACAGUGUUUCAGAUGAAAAAAUAAUAGCAGGCCAAGCAGAAAUAUCUGAUUUACACACAAAGGUUAAUAUUGAAAAGAAAUCAUUAUUGGAAAUGCUAGAGCAGGUAUAUGAAGAAACAAAGGGUGAUCAGCAUUUAUCAUUGAAUAUGAUUAUUAGAACGCUUUAUAUGAAAGCAGUGAGUUGGGAUUCGGCUUUCAAUGCCUUUGGGAAGGAAUAUCUUCCUUCAGAAAAUGAUGUAACAAGGAUCACUACGAAACAACUUAAGAAAUUAUUCAGUGAUAAUUCAUCCCAGAAAAAUGAAAAACUAAUUAAAGAUCAGUCUGAAGAAUUAAACAGUGAGAAGCAGAGUUCAGAACAUUCGCAGGAUAAUGUUAGCCUCCAUGAAAGUAGGUCUUCUCUCAUAAAAAUGCGGAACUCAGCACAACAAGAAUUUUCUGGGGAUAACGAGGAUCAAGUUCAAAUUAAAGAUGCAGAGAAAACAGAAAGUAAUAAGGAUAAUGAACGUGUCCAUGUCGCUUCUACAUCAAAUGGAGCAGACUCAUUCGAAAUAAAUGUACUCAACCCAAUUGGAGACAGACCAACCGUUAACAGAUUCAAAUCAAGUUCUGUUUUUGAACCUCAUUCGAAAGUGAAAAAUGUGCCAGAUCCUAAAAGAGUCAGUAUUGGCAGUAAUUUAAGUUCUUUAUCUACAGUAGGAAAGGACCAUAAUAUGGAUACCAAAGUUGGUCAGCUAGCCAGCUUUUUUGAUCAAAUGCAUUUAGACGCUAUCUCGAAAGAGUUUGAACUACAAAGAGAGAAGGAAAGAUUACAAUUGAACAAGUAUAAGUAUCAGGCUUUGAGAUUGCAAACGUCGUCUCCAAUCGUAGAGAUUUACCAAGAUGUUAACGAUGCUGUCGAUGAACCACUACAUGAUUCUUCAGAAACUACUUCAAGGCUGAUUAAAGGCACAGAACAUCCUGCAUCGUUAAAAAAGACCAAUAAAAGUAGUUCAGAACCGAUUCUAACUCAUCAUGAUUACAACCCGAACUUGGAAGAAAAAUUAGAGCAUUCAAUAAACCAGUGGGGUGUUGAUGCAAAGGGGAAAGAGAUAACUACAGCGAAUGAUAACCUACCAUCUAUAGAGCCACCCAAGGCAACCACUGAUGAUAAGCUUAAACGGGAGCAAUUGCAACAGGUAAAUGCAGCCAAGGUAGCUGAAAGUACUGAAUCUACAUCUGUUACUCAACCUGAAAAAUCACUUUUGAUGAAAGCCUUGACGAAUUUUUGGGCCGACAGAUCGCCUUACUUAUGGAAACCACUUGUGUAUCCCAGUUGCCCCACAGAACAUGUAUUUGCUGAUAGUGAUGUCAUAGUAAGGGAAGAUGAGCCAACGUCAUUGAUUGCCUUUUGUUUAAAUACGUCUGAUUAUAAACAAAAGAUGUUGAAUAUAAAUGCAAACACUUUUAGUACUGUCAACUCUGAUAUCCCGGCAUCGAUAAUAACGAAGGACACAUCUUUAACAGCCCAUGAUUUAUCCACUGCUGGUUCAGAGCUUGAAAAUGCAUCUACGACAUCAAUGAGAGAAAAUUAUGGUGGACGACCAAGUAAUGAUCCUGUAUCAGUUAAUCAUCAAUCUACUUCAAUUGGUCCAACAUCGGAACUCGAAAAAAGCAUGACUAAGAAAACAGCGGUCCAUUUACGUUACCAAUUUGAGGAAGGUGCUACUGUCAUGUCAUGUAAGCUUUUCUUUACCGAGCAUUUCGAAGCUUUCAGGAAGGUAUGUGGUUGUCAAGAAAAUUUUAUUCAAAGUUUGUCUAGAUGUGUCAAAUGGGAUUCUAGUGGUGGUAAAAGUGGGAGUGGGUUUUUGAAGACUUUAGAUGAUAGGUUUAUAAUUAAGGAGUUAUCUCAUUCUGAGUUGGAUGCGUUUAUUAAAUUUGCCCCAUAUUAUUUUGAAUACAUGGCACAAGCAAUGUUUCAUGAUCUACCUACAACAUUGGCGAAGGUAUUAGGUUUCUAUCAAAUACAAGUUAGAAAUCCAGUGGGUGGUCCAAAAAGUUAUAAAAUGGAUGUUAUCAUCAUGGAAAACUUAUUCUACAAUAGGAAGACCACAAGAAUCUUUGAUUUAAAAGGUUCUAUGAGAAAUAGACAUGUAGAACAGACAGGGAAAGAAAAUGAGGUAUUGUUAGAUGAGAAUAUGGUUGAAUAUAUUUAUGAAUCACCGAUCCAUGUUAGAGAAUAUGAUAAGAAAUUGUUGAGAGCUUCAUUAUGGAAUGACACUUUAUUUUUAGCUAAAAUGAAUGUUAUGGAUUAUUCUCUAGUUAUUGGUAUUGAUAAUGAAGGUUACACACUUACAGUAGGUAUCAUUGACUUCAUUAGGACAUUUACAUGGGAUAAGAAAUUGGAAAGUUGGGUGAAGGAAAAAGGUUUAGUAGGAGGUGGGGGAAGUAGUACAAAGAAACCUACUGUUGUUACUCCAAGACAAUACAAAAACCGGUUUAGAGAGGCAAUGGAAAACUAUAUUCUUAUGGUCCCUGAUCCUUGGUACCAAGAUAAUGUAUAG